AUGUUGUAUAACCGCGCCAGGUCAAUUGCGGGUGGCGCUCUGUUUGCCAGCUUUAUUGCCGUUGCCAAUGCCGCAACCCACGAACUUCUCGUAGGCACAUUUGGCACCAAGUCGCUAUACACGGUCGAGUUUGAUGAUGAAGCCUUGACUCUGAAUUUGGUGGCCAACACGUCAGUCCCUGCCGCUGGCUCGUGGUUAGCCCUGAGUCAUGACAAGGCCAACCUCUAUGCUACAGCAUACUCAACCAGUGGCAACAGUAGCAGCCCGGCAUUUGUGAGCUAUUCGCUGGCCAAUGCAACCUCAAUCACCCACGACGCCACCAUUCCGUCGGGUGGAAACUGCACCGCGACCGCCAUUUUCGUGGUUGCGGAUCCCAACCCUCCCUACAGCGUGUAUGGGGCCUUUUUCGGAUCCAACGCUGGCUGCGGCACUGUCUUGUCGGUGGACGAGACAGGCAAGCUGGAUGCCGCCAUUCAAAACUACACCUACUUUAGCUCUUCCGCGGUGCACGGCACUGCCUUUAGCCCCGACUCCAAGUUCCUGUACUCGGCAGACGACAGCGGCAACACCUUGUGGACGCACAGCAUAGACCAGGCGACAGGAGAAGUGACACUGGUGGCCAACUUGACCGCGCCCUCGUCCUCGGCUCACCCGCGCCACGCCACCGUCCACCCCAACGGGCAGUACGUUUAUGUGGUACUUGAAGGGUCGAGCCAGAUUGCGCAGUACUCGAUUGACGACGCGACGGCGGGGAUCCCGUCCUUUACCAACAUUACGUAUCCGCUGCUGGAAUCAGGCGAGGACGCAUCCAAUUACUGGGCCGACGAGGUGGCCCUGUCGUUUAGCAACAACUACCUGUGGGCGACGAACCGCGGCCGCAGCACCAACGCGACGGGCUACAUAUCCGUAUUCUCCCUGGAUGCGGACGGCGCCAUCCUGUCGCAGAACUUUCUCGUGCCGACGUCGUCCAGUGGCGGCGCGGCCAAUAGUGUCGCUCCCAGUCCCUUUACGGACCGUUUUGCCGCGCUGACGGAUAGUUCGGUUGGGUUCCUCGAGAUUUGGGAGCUCAGCGACGAUGGUGGCUCGGCGCAGGUGGUGGCGCACCUCGACUUGAAUGACGGGGGCUGCUGUGCUAAUGCAGUGUGGUAUUCUUGA